AGCCUGUGCACAAUCCGUCAGGCUCAGUCAUUUUCCCAGCACGCUGAUCCGCAGCGCUUAACCCACGCGACGGUUGGCGGCAAGUGGCCCACAUGUCGCAGUUGCCAACCGGGGAGAGUCUCCAGGAUCGCUAAUCCGCGGUGUAGGGUGUAGUAGGGUGUAGUGAAGGCGAAACAUACUACAUACAACACCCCAUUCCAUUCACUUAGUGCCCGUGGUUUUACUGUUUUGUGUGUUGCGCUUGUUUGUUUUAAGUGAAGAAAAGUUGUUUGGGCAAAAAAUUCGUUGCGCACAAAACAGGCCAAACAGUGUCAGUAGCAGCAAAAGCGGCUAACAUAAUUCGUGCGCGUGAAGAUGUAGUGAAUUGACGGAAGUGUGUGACGUGCUUCCGGCAAGGUAGCGGCGGCUUAAGCAACCGAAUGAAUAAGCUUCGGGCGUUGCUGUAGAACUAGAGUUUCGUUACUGUUUUUAUUCAAACUCCUCAAUUGCGUGUGCUUAUUGCGUUUUAUCAGUGCAUCGUCUCGAAUCGGGACAAGCUGUUGCAGAUAGGCUGUUUAUGACGAGUGCGGCGCAACAGAAACUCAGUACCCGGUAAAGAAGCUACUGAAUCACACCAACACAUAAAAAAGCUGCCGGUGCAAUCGUACGCUCCGCAAGAACUACCAACGUAGCUCCAUUACUUAAUCAACGGCAGUUUUGUGCACGAGUUUCAACCGUACUAUAGAGAUAUUACAGAGGUAUAGAGUGGAAGGUUGCUAUACUGCCAGAAACGAAAGAAAUAGUGAUCGUGGCAGUUCGUUCAAACUGAACGAUUUCGAAGAAAUCAUCCCUAGUCCGCUUACGUUGAGUGCCCUUGUGUUGCUGCUGUUUCGUAGUGCAUAGUGUGCGAUACAUACCUUCCUCGGCCUGUACAAGUGAUCGUACCUACCCUUCCGUGAUCGAUCCUUUGCUCACGUGACUCGCUGCCUUACUCGCAAGAAAAAUUGUCCAACCGCUGAUGCUGUAUGUGUGCGCGUACACUACUCGCACACAAACAUCAUCCGAGCCGAACCGUCGCCAGUUGAUGCUGUGUCCCAAGGAUCGAUCGAUGGGUGUACUACGCGAGACUGACGCCUUCUUGCCUUCUCCAUCUGUGUUCCAGCAGUGUGCGUUAGUGCGUGCGCUUAGUUGUUAUUUUAUGUACAUAUAUGAUACGAGCGGUGCGCGUUUUUGUCCCACGUAAAUCGCGUCACGCGGCGCAGUGCAAACGAAGUACGAAGGAGGCGAAGAAGUGUUUUUUUAAAUGAAAAGUGGUAAGUGUCAUCCGCAAGAUUCGCAUCUUAUUGUCAUCGCUAGGGCGUAUUUGAAUUCAAUUGUGACUCACCACCACCGGCUGGGGAGCGACGAGCCGGAAGAGAUUCAUUGGUGAUAAGAAAACUAUUGCGAGCCGGAAAGUAAAAGUAAAGCAAAUUACUUAAGGGGAAAAUAAACCCCAGCAGAAGAAGGAAAAGCGCCAAAGUAGUAGCAGUUUUAGCGGAAGAUCGUGAAUCGACACUUUGUGACGAAGUAAUGCAUCAGUAUUGGGCGGUGUUGCGUUGCGAAACGGCACCUAGCUAGAGCUGGAAAAGUAUCCAGCCGUAAGCCAGAUUGUGAGUGUUUGUGUGCAUGGUGCAUUGUCCCCGCAAUCUCUACCUCAGCGCAUCCAGCUACCGGUUUCUUGGACGAAUAUUUUGAUGCUAGCAAACUUUGCCGUCGCAUUCUUCCGAUCGUUUGUUUGCCCUUCGAUGUCGUGAUGUUUUCCGAGGCAUCUUCCUUCCUGCCGGCAAAAGAUAUGAGACUAGAACGUGUCGCUGAAGAAUUGAUGGGACGCAGGAAAUGGAAACACUAUCAGGACGUCCUAACGCGACAACAGUUGAAUCUGCUGGAUCCCAGCACGACGAACUCCACCGAGGACGAUCUACUGACCGGCACGACCGGUGUUGCAGCCGCCGCCGCCGCAGCAGCUGCUGCAGCCACGGCCGCCCAGCUACACCAGGGGCAGCUGAUGAACUCCGCCAGCGCUACAGCCGCUGCCACAGCCCUCGCGCUAGCUGGUGGCGGCAUGAUCGAUCAAAAGACCAAUCAUCCCGCCGCCAUUGUGGCCGCAGCCAACGCUGCGGCCGUGGCUUCCCUCACUACACCUGCCGCUGCCCAAGCCGCUGCCAAUACAACUGCCGCGACGGCCAUAGUGAGAAAUGGGCACUGCCAGCAGGACGACGUAGAUGUCGACCCGAAAACUGCUGCCUCCGCCAGUCCCGACAGCCCGCGGGCAGCCAACUGUCUGGCGUCGGAAAAGCACAGCCCUUCCAGUGCCAGAUCUCCCCGGCACGGCAAGGACGAUCGUGCCGCUUCGCCAGUAUCGCGCAACUGUCAUACCAAUGACAACGGCACGGCGACACCGAGGACGGGAGCGACCGACGCGGAAGGAACGCCUCCCCUGUCUGCAUCGCCCUCGGGCACGAUCGAGCGUGAUUCCGCCAGGCCCAAGUCGACCUCCGGCACCGAGCAGGCAGCUCUCGUCGAGCCUAGCAUACCCAACACUCCUGAUCGUGGUCGCGCAUCUUCCGUCGCGAGUCCGGACCUGCGGGGGGAGCAAACUGCUACCGAGCAUGCCGAAAGUAUGUCCAUCGUGAAACAGGAACCCAUAGAGCAUGUAGAUCCCUCGCCCAUCAAAUCUGAGCAACCGAAUCCAGAGGUGGCGGUCGUGCCGAAGCUGCCUAUUGUUGGAACCAACAACAACAACAACAUCAUCAACAGUAACAACAACACGAUUCAGCAUCGCAGCAACGGGAUGGCGAUAGAAGACGGUUCCGCCGGCACCAAACCGCUAACAGCGGAAACACCGGUCGAGCCCGAGGCGGCUACACCGGUCGACUGGAAGCCACAGGACAAGUGUUACUUCUGCGUCGACGGCAAGCUGCUGACUGUGAAUGAGACGGGUGAGCUGGUGCCGGAAUCGGGCCCGGCUCCGACCGAAGCAGAGCUCCGACUUAAUAGACGGGCUGCCGCUGCUGCCGCACUGGCCGAGUCCGAUAGCGAUACGAGCGAGAGCAGCGAGCCAGAGCUGCUGGCUAGUCUUCUGAGUGCCGGUGCGGCCGGUGGAAUGUCCAACAAGUCGCUGGUAGCUUUGCUGCGUGAAGCCGGCGCCUCUCAAAAUCUUCCCUCGCUGCAGUCGUUCGUGGCACAGUACACCGCGGCCGCUUCGUUGCAGGGUCUUCAGCCAAAUCUUGCCCAGCUCUACAACCCAGCGCUAUGGUAUUCACAACUCCAGCAGCAGAUGUCACCGAGCGCCGUCGAGACGGUAGCUGGGGGAGCCGCAACGGCUGCCCUCAGUCCGACAACGGCGGCCAAAAUGGCGGCACAGCUCGGCGCGGUCGGAGGCACUGGGGAACAACCGCUCGAUCUCAGCGCAAAACCAGGCACUUCCGGCAUGACAUCAUUGCUCAGCAGUAUGAUGGAUCCGAAGCACUUGUACAAGGCGAAACCCCGCUUGUCACCGGUUGGAGGACGCAAGACCUACACCGAGGAUGGGUUGCAGAAUGCACUGCAGGACAUACUCAGCGGACGGCUCGGUACGCGCCGGGCAGCGAUGCAGUACGGCAUCCCGCGCUCGACGCUACGCAACAAGGUGUACAAGAUGGCGCUAGGCGGCAAGCGCGGCAUGUCAUCCCUGCUAGAGGACGACGACGAUAAGGACUCGCAGGACGGUGACAUGAAGGAUGGCGAUCUGCUGGACAAACUACCCCAACAGGUGCUGGCCGACAUGCUGAUGAAGAUGUGCGGCGGAGGAACCGGGACGCCUCGAUCGCACGAGACCAACCUGACACCCACACCGCCCGCUACUGCGACACCACCCGCCCAGCAUGCCACACCCGAGCCGGCUGCGCUAGACAUUGCCGGCAUGAGUCUAAAACCGCACCCCAGCUCCCAAUCCAUUGCCGUGCCGUCGACCACGCCACGUCUAGCGGGGUCUGCUACGGCGACGCCUCCCGCAACUACGCAGCCGCCACAGUCGUCACCGCUGGUUGCCGCCGCCGCGUCCACGCUGCUCAAUCCGAACCUAGUGAUGCAGGUGGAGCGCAUUCUUCAGGUAACGGCGACCGCGCAAGCAUCGGGCGAGACACAGCAGGCCCUGGCCGAGCUGCCCGAACUCCUCCGCAAGAUCAUCGACCAGCAGCAGCUGCUGGCGGAUCAAAUUAAAAAGGCAAGCGUGAGUGGUAGCGUACCGGCCGCUGCCACGAUACAACCGUCCGUGGCUGGCAGUGCCGGCGGUCCAAGUCCCACCAUUCACGGACUUGCUCCGGCGGGUUCCGGUGUGCUGGGAAACGCGUCUGCACUGGACGCGGCCCUCGCGCGAUCACCCUCACUCAGUGCGGCCCUCAGCACGAACGGAGGCGCCUCACAGGCAGCCACUGCAAUUGAUCCGUGCUAUCUUCCGUUCCUGCAACAGCUGCAGCAACAGCAGCAGGGCAAACUGCGAACUAUGUCUGCAGGCACGCCGGACACACCCGCUUCGCUAUCCUCCCUCGAGCUGAACGACGUGGCGAAUGAUGACCCGCACGUCAUUCUGAAGAUUCCGUCCUACGGACGAGCCCCUGGCGCCUCGCCAGGAGUUCCCGGCGUCCCGGCCAGCAGCAAAAAUGGAGACCUGGAACGCCAUCACCUGCAUCAUCACAAUCUGACCACCCCGUCUCCGCCGACCGCUGCCGCGGCCGCCGUGCUCAGCAGUCUGGUCGGAACGCCCGCCCGAACGCCGCAUUCGUCGGGUAGCCCACAGGCCGGCCUCCUGAACAGUGCCGUAACUGGUGGCGCUGGCAUGGGGGGUGUCGCGUCAGCGCCCACCUCCUCCCAGGUGUCCUUGGCCUCGUCGCUCUCAUCCUCUUCGCCGCUGUCCUCGCUGUCCGUGGCAUCGUCGGUUGCAGUACAGCAGGAACGAGCCUCGCUUGGAGGCAGUGCGCAGACCAACCACCUGUCGGUCAUAUCGCCGCCCUUGAUGAACCUGCGCGGUGCUGCAAAGGGAGAGUCUGCCCUUUCCCCGCCCGCUUCCGGUCAUGGCUCGGCCCCAGGAAUGACGUCCGGCGGUAAGCCAAUGCUCUCCGUGCACGAUGUGAUAGCGCGUAGCAUCAGCAAGAACUUCCAACAGCAUCAGCAAUCGGACAUCAUGCACAAGCAGCAGAUGGAGCAAAUGAAACGGCCCAGCAUCUCCGUCAUCAAAACGCUCGGCGAUAUUUCACACUUUGGCAGUGCGGCCGCGGCAGCCGCCGGGCUCGGUUCCGUCGGGAGUGCGGCUCAGCUGGCGGCGGCGGCGGCGGCGGCCGCAGCCAACAACACCGGCACCGGAGGCAAAGGCACACGUCCGAAGCGGGGCAAGUACCGCAAUUACGAUCGAGACAGUCUGGUGGAGGCAGUGAAGGCAGUGCAGCGCGGUGAAAUGUCGGUGCACCGAGCGGGCAGCUACUACGGCGUGCCCCACUCAACGCUCGAGUACAAGGUGAAGGAAAGGCAUCUGAUGCGACCGAGAAAGCGCGAACCAAAACCGCAGCCCGGACUGGACGACCACCGGCUUGGAGGUUCAUCCUCCGGCAAAGGGUCGUCGGACGGGGCAUCGUCCUUGCGAGGCCUGGACAAGGGCAAGGGUGGUUUGGGCCUUGGCGCAGGCUCGAAAGGAGCGGCCGGGCUGGCUGGCCACUCUGGCAAGAACCAUCAUCAUCUGCAGCAACAGGUGCAACAGGCACAGUUUCCGAACAACUCGCCCAACGGUGCGCUCGGUGCAAAGAUGCCAAUGUUCGAUGCUUCGGCCAUGGGCUACGGAGCGUCCUUCUUUUGGCCCCACACAACCGGCUUCAGUGGGAUGCCCAGCGUUGACUAUGCCCGCAGCCAACCCGCACCAGACGUGUUUAGCUCCCCGACGCUUAUGCAACGCUUCCAGCAGGAAGCCACGGCUAGUGCACUGUCGCCAGCCGACUCACGACAUUUUCCGGGUGGAAAGGCGAGUUCGGCCGGCGUUGGUAGCACCAAUGCGAAUCUGACCGCCCUGCCCAAGGGCAGCAGUGUGCGUGAGAUGGCUGAACAGCUGUACGACGGCAGCGGUGCCAACGGAGGCUCCUUUCUGGAUGACAUUAUUCGGCAAAGCCUCGACAAAAAGUCCGGCGACUUUGCUAGCCACAGUGCGCUCUUCGAUCACUUGUUGAAAGGCAAGCUACGAUCGACGGUCGCCGCUGCUGGCUCCGUGGGCAGUGCCGAGGAUGCCAACACAGCCGCCCUGCACACGAAAGUGGCUACUAAACGAGCGGCCACCAGUCCCCCGAUAGCAUUCCACCCGGAGAGCAUUAAGCGCGAGCGGGCCAGUCCCGGUGCCUCGUCCACCUCCUCCACCGGCAGCAGCAGCAACCGAUUAGGAGUUAACCUUGGCAACGACCAGCAACAUCACGGACAGAACCUAUCGCAGUCUGUCACCGGUAUCAGUACGCCCGAACAGCUGGCGAAAAAUGUCGAGAGCCUCAUGAAACUGCACGAGAAUCUUUCGUCGAUGUCCGCGGCGCACCUACAGCGAACCGCGAUGGAAGAACUCAACGGUACACAAGGCUCGACCGCAUCACGCGCAUCGUUGCUCGGCCACCAAUCGGACUCGGUGGAUCUGCACGGCUCGGACGGCGAAACAGACACGGACUCGGUACGAUCGCACACCAAUCAUCACGGGCACAGCUUACGCCACAGUCUGCAGCAGCAGCAGCAUCACCAUCACCAACGGGGUCUGACGGACGACAGCUCAUAGGGCCGGCUGCGCGGUGCAUCGGCAAUGCAACUGCGCCGACCCAUCUGCUAAGCGUGCUGCUAAGUGUAAGUGAUGAUGCAGUGCCAUGCCAUUGCAGGCACUCAGUGUGAGCGAUCGAGUGUGAGCGUGAGACCGGAUGGCGCAGUGGCACAACACACUGGCCGCUGAAAUGGAGAAUUCAUAGUUCAAAUAUUAUUCUUAUAUUAAUUGUAUAUCAUCGUAGUCAAAGUGGGAGCAAGUGGGUGGCCCUUUUGCAAGUGCAAAGGCAAGGCGGAAGCGGAAGGCAGAAACCGGGACGAUGCAGUAGCAGGUUAAAAGCAACACAAAACACUGAAACACAAGUAGAUACCGUUAACAGAGAGCACGAAGUGUUAACAAUUUUAUCCAUUUAAGCGGAAGGGCAGAAGAUCGCGGGAGCAGAUGUAACUUAAUCUUAGAUCGAAACAAAUAUGGGAAGUGAAAGGAAGGUUCAACAAAGACUAACAAUAAUAAUGUUACAAAGAGCUAUACAGUACAGUGGGGAGAGCAAGGACGGAACCAAUCAAAUGCGCAUGAGAUGGCAAAACAUACUUUACUAUUUUCCUUACACUUUACAUCGUCUACUAUCACAUCAUCAUCAUCAACAUCAUCAUCAUCAUUAUGAUCGUGAUCAGGUCACCCAAAAGCAUACAUGCAUGAUCACCGUUUUCCGAUCAUCAGAGAUAGAGCUUAGUAGCUUGGUGGCUCUCGUAAAAUGCGAAUCGAAAACACACACUAACACUAACACAAAACGGUAGACAUUUCCAAUCGGGAGAAAGCUAAACAGGCAUUGGAAAUGGAAGCGAAACUUGAAUGGCUACGAAAAUCGCGUAACGGACAGCUAGAAGCAGAAGGCGAACGUGAACAGUAAAAGACAGAAAGGUAUAAUAUCAUCGCCAACCAAAUGCUAGCAUUUGAAGCACACGAAAUGUUUUUUGACAAUCGACAAAUAGGCUCCUUGUGUGAACUUUACACUAUAAACACAUGUAGACAGACGUACACUCACAAUCGUCACCACCAACACCACCAACACAACCAUCACCACCACCACCACCACUACCAGCUUCACGGUUUAUGCUGAAAAGCAAACCAGCUGUCCACAGCGAACCCAUCACCGUGACCCGGUCAAGGAGGCGGGCUUAGUGUAGGAAUAAGAUGUACGUGCAAGAAAAUGGGGGAAAAUCGCGCAAAAUAUAACCCAUUUCGAUAAAGCACUCCUAACGACAACAACAUCAACAACACCACCAUCGCAUCAAUCGUAGCUUAUUGGCAGGAUUAAGUCGUGCAUAAGUCGUACCGGUCACUCAAGUCCCCCAAAUAGCCAUCGUAACAGUCGCAUUAAGGCUCCAACCCAAGUCGAAAACGACAUAGAAAGUCCCGAAUUUAAAAAAAAAAAACAACACAGACCAGCAGUGCGUGCUGGCUUUCGGUGAAGGGAAGGGGAAAAAGGACGCCCAAACAAAUAGAAACGAUUGAUAAAUGUAAUUACAAUUUUUGGACAUCUUUUUAGGCCCUUACAAGAUUCCAGUGGGAAGCAGCUAACAAUUUUGCUUUGUUUCCUGCGCUGUUCUGACAGCAACUGGAAACACAACACAACCAAACCGCGGGCAACCAUCGCGCGGGCCAUCAAAAAGACGGUGCACAAUAUCGUAUGAAAAAAGGGAAAGGAAUUUCUGGCAAACAAAAACGCAUAAAAAGGGUUAAAAAACCGCAAACGAAAAACAAAAAACAAAUGACUCCAAAUCGAUAUCUCUUGACGGGUAUUGUAAUAUUUUGGCCCUUGCAGUUACUUUGUGCUUCUGAGAGUGAGCAAACACGGAGGCAGAAAAGACAGGAAAAUCUAACAAAAUAAUCAAAAAAAAAAACCUAAAUGUUGUGGCUAUAUCAAAAUUUGCAAAAGUAUUAUCGCUUCGAUCAGGAUCGAGAAAGUCACGAACCGUGUCAAAGGAAGCGAAUCAUAAGCAACCCAAACGUAUAGAAGUAUUACAUCCAAACUUCAGGCAACCAAAAAAGUGAUCCUGAAAUCUGUUCGGUGUUCAAAAUUAUAUCAUCCAAUAAAAAUACCCUACAGCGAUCGUCCCUCGGAUAGGAGCAGCAGUAAUCAUCAAAACUCGAGCAAGAGCAGAGAAGAACGCAAGGCAAACUAAUUCUACUUGUGAGCAUGAUGAGGGACGAUCGUUGAUACUCAUCUAAUACCUGGCGUCAAGUGCGACUCCUUUUUGUGUCGAUGUGAAUGCAAACUAUCAUGCAUGCGUAGGAUAGUAUAAUAGCACUGAAAAAAAGAGGUAAAUUCAAAAGUAUAUAAAGACAAAAAUCACUCUAUGUUUCGACGUUUUUACAUUCACUUCUAAGCAACGUACCGUCAUAAGCGAAUAAGUCAAAGGAAGGCCGAACGAUGGUGGCCAGUCGAAUGAUGUUGUGUAAGAAUCUUAUCAAAAUUUAUCUAUACAAAAAAAACACAGAAUCAUACAACAGAUUAUCUAAACUGUAACUGGAUGUUUUUUCGUUUUCUAAACGAGUUUAAAAGUAUUUGAAAUAAAAAAAAAACAAGAACCAAGACGAAGCAUCAGAGAGAAAGUGCUCGAUGCUAGCGAAUGGCGAGCGGCAUUAAAUGCGCUCCAAACCAUGAAACCAUGAGGACUGAACAGUGCGACCACAUUGAUACGUACCGAGGGUACGGAGAGCCGGCAGUACGGCAGUAUCAAGCGUCCGCCAAACUUCGAUGCGUGUAUUCCUAUGCGAACGCACCAAAGGCUUGCCGGGAGCGAUGUAUCCGUAUAUCGUCGUCCCGUCCAGGAAAAUGAAGAAAAAACAACAGCAACAAAACACAAACUAAGCAUCUACAAACUCUCCCGUAACCUAGCCCACCCAAAACGAUCAUCCCCUCUAUCAAACCCAAAAUCAAGCAUUCUGUAUAUGGCCAAUGGCUACGGCUAGCAUAGCAGAGUCAAAAUCCAACCGUAGCUAAACAAAACAAAAAAAUAAGGUGGAAAAUAAGUAAGAAAUAUAUUAUAUGUGUGUGUCUUCACGUCGCGUAUACCUCAAAUGAUAAACAAAAAAUAUUAACUGAUCAAAAUGGCGAAUGGCAAGUGACUAUUCAGGUAUGGAAUGGAAGCAAAAUUUUAAUCGAAUCAUUGAAAACGUAGCUAAAUGCAAUGCCGAGCGGACGAGCGGAUAAUUCGAAUACGC